AUGGACAAAUGGAUCAGCAUCGAAGAGGUUGAAUCUGCCUGGUUUCAGUUGUUCGGAGGCAAGAAUCUUCCGGAGGAUGCCAUCCCCAGAGCAAGAGCAAGGUUUGAUGCUGCGAAGUUUCAGGAGAUGAGUCCAGAUCUGCCCUUUCCUUGCAGCGAAACAAACUGCAGCACCUUCCACCCCAAUCGUCAUGGCUUUUGCCACAAGCAUCGCUUCCAUCGUUUUGGAAGGAAACUAUCCUCUGCAGUAGUGAGAACCUUGGGCUGGUUGGAGUUGGUCCUCCUUCUCACCAUUCAAGCAGCGGCAGAGAUCCAAAGCAGAUUUUUGCUUUUGGUGAUUUUAGUGUCGUUGCUUCCAGUGACUUGCAUUUUUCUGGAGGAAAGCACUGGCAUGUCAGCGGCUUCCAUUUGCGUAACAUUGCUGGCCGUCGCUUUUACGACUUGUUUGUACACCGCCAAGCGCUUGGAUGGCAUGCAACAGAGCGUCUUCAACAUGGCGCUUGCCACUGAAGCCAGCUACUUUCAAGUGCUGCAACCUACAUCAGAAACCAGCAACAACCUGGUUCAUCUGGUUCAGGUGUCAACCAUACUGAGGAGCCAUACAGACGGCUCAUCUCAAGAGCUACAGACCCAGCAAGACUUGAGGAGCAAUUAUCAGCAAGCCAAACAUCACAUGAAUCUUUUUCAGACUGUUGUUUGUGAACCACUUGCGAGCACAGGGCUAGAAGUUACUGCGAAGAUUAAAUCCCUUACAGAGCUGGACGAAAGGGAAGGAGCAGCGGAUAUUUUGGUUUGCGAAGUCUGGUGUGACAGUCUGCAGGAAGUCCAAGAUGCGUGGGACAUGCUGAAAGACUUGGAUGGUGUGGAAAUCGUCUCUGCGCGCGAUUUUUUCGCAGUUGCAUCUUACAAAAAAUUCUGUAAAGUUGUGGUGUCUCUCCAGGGCUACUUGACCACAGUUGUUUUGCUGGAGAAAUCUCUGAGUUCUUGGGAGGCUCAGAAAGGCCUCUCUGACGCAGCAGAUUCCCUAGGUCUUUUAGACAAGACCAAGGCAUCAGCUUGGGAAGUUUCUCGACUCCAACGUGAUUCCGAGGUCCCCAGAUGCGUGUUUGUGGCCACUGCCCUCCUGCGACUGGUGGCACUUUUAUCAUGUUACAUCAUUGGCGGACAAAUUGGCCGCGUAAACAGCUGGGACCCAUUUUUUGGUUCGUACUGUUGCUAUUUGAUUUUUUUGGAUUAUGAGCUCUAUGAGUAUGAGUGUGGAAAUAGUGUUCCGAGGAUGCUGGCCAUGAACGUGCCCUUCUUGACAUGUUUUCUGAUCCUGUUGUGGGAGAUACUGUGCUGUUGCUGCUGUUGCUUUUGCUUCUGCAAGCGUCGACAGAGCUUCAAAAUUCGUCCACGGCCAACCCAACUCUGGUAUAGGAGGUAUCUGGGUGUACAGGGAUGCCACUACGCCUUCAAAGUUGCAGCCCUACAGUUCUUGACAGUCAUGACGCAAGGGCUUGCCAAAACCAGUUUGUUCCGGACCAUCCAGGAUACCCAUGGCUCUGAAGCCUUGCGGGCCAGCACCGCUGUCCGCUGCUUCAUCGUGCUUCUUUUGUGCAACAUCCUCUUCCCAGCCAUGAUUCUAGUGAUACCGAACUAUGUCUUUAGCCGUGUUGGUGCAGCUUUGCUCGAUGCAGUCUUGGACGUUGGUUACAUGGUGACUUCGAUCUGGCUAUACGUCGUCUUUGCCACAGAAGAGUCUUUGACCGACAUUUUUUUGAGCAGUUUCUUAAACUACAUGUCAAUAUACAUCUGCGUCGCACAUGUGUUGUGCGUUUGUCGAUCUUUGGAGACUGCAGAUUGGAUCGCGCUUUUCCAAGUCCCGCGUGCUCCCCCCACCGGCAAAGCCUGGAAGAGAAUUCUUUUCUCCACGGCAUAUGUGGCUUUUGUUUCUAUUCUGCUUGGGGGCAUUGUCCUUGGUGCCUUCACGAGUCAUGAUGGGCUGUGUCCCCCUUGCCAAUGCGCAGCUGUCGCCCCAACAUCGCUUCUACUCGAACGCUGCGUGAUUCCCAUUGGCUAUGUUGCGCAGGGUGCUCCUGACAUGCUUGAGUUCAACUUGACGAAUCGGAACAUCACAAAAGUUCUGCCAGAUGCAUUCAUUGCAAGGGGCGAACACCAAAGAGUACGAUCUGUUUCCUUGUGUGGAAACCAUUUGACAGAGCUGCCAGAGGGACUUUUUCGCGAUCUUCUGCAACAGGAGGAGGACGAUUGGGGGUCUCCUGACAUUGACACUGUCGACCUGGCUGACAAUAGAAUCGCGACUCUUCCCCCAGGGUUGUUUCAAGCCGGAUCCUCCGGAGGAUUGUCUGUGAUACGCGAGUUGCAUUUGGAAGGAAAUUGUUUGACUACGCUUCCACCUGGAGUCUUUCAUGGGCUCACCUUUGGUCAGUACUGUUCCAAUUCCAAAUACUACAAUUGCAUUGGCAUGUCACAGUUGCAGGUGCUGCAUGCAGAAGCCAUUCAUGAUCUCAAAUUUGUUCAGAAUGGCAUCCUGGACAUGUCUCAGAACAAGUUGCAGACGUUACAUGCACAGACCUUUCAUGGUCUCAACUUUCGUCAGAACGGCAUCCUGAACAUGUCGCAGAACAAGUUGCAGGUGUUGCAUGCAGACGCCUUUCAUGGUCUCAAAUUUGAUCAGAACGGCAUCCUGGACAUGUCGCAGAACAAGUUGAAGGUGUUGCAUGCAGACGCCUUUCAUGGUCUCACCUUUGUCUACUACGGCAUCCUGGACAUGUCGCAGAACAAGUUGCAGGUGUUGCAUGCAGAAGCCUUUCAUGAUCUCAAAUUUGGUCAGAACGGCAUCCUGGACAUGUCUCAGAACAAGUUGCAGACAUUGCCUCCAAAGGUCUUUGACGGUCUCGAUCUCGACCGACUGUACUUACAACAAAAUGAAUUGUUUCAACUGCAUGCAGAGACGUUUCAUGGUGUCACCUUUGGUUACAACCGCAUCCUGGACAUGUCGCAGAACAAGUUCCAGGAUUUGCCUCCAAAAGUCUUUGGCGGUCUUGAGCUCAACCGACUAUACCUACAAAACAACAAUCUUGUCCGACUACAUGCAGGAACCUUUCAAGGUCUCACCUUUGGUAAGAACGGCAUCCUGAACAUGUCGCAGAACAAGUUGCAGGUGUUGCAUGCAGAGACCUUUCAAGGUCUCUCCUUUGCUAACAAGGGCAUCCUGGACAUGUCGCAGAACAAGCUGUCCACGCUUUCGGAGAAAGUUUUUGAUGGUCUUCGGUAUCUUCGCAGCCUGAGGCUGGAAGGCAACCGGCUGCGGAGUCUUGGCACCAGACUCUUCUACUGGUUGAUCAACUUGGAAGAGCUGAACCUGGAGCAGAAUCAGCUGAUGGAUCUGGAUGAAGAUGUUUUUGAUUCUGCUUCGUCCAGUACUUGUAAUUCCGCUGGCUGUGUUUAUCGUUCCCUCAAGCGAAGAUUGCUGAAGCUGAACCUGGGUGGCAACCAGCUCGCCACGUUACCCAAUGACCUCUUCAACGGUUUCAGGGCACUCCGAAAUCUGCAGCUGCAGAGCAAUCUGCUGGCGAGACUUCCGCAACAGCUGUUUCAGACUCUCGGCGAAGUUCAUUGGACGAAUUUGAGCUCCUUGAAGUUGCUGAACCUGAGUCAGAAUGCAUUGGAAGAAUUGCCUCCUAGUCUUUUCGAUGGAUUGAACUUGUCAGUGAUCGACUUGAGCCACAACAAUCUCAGAAAACUGGAUUCCCAGCUGUUCGACCUGGAAAACCUCACCAGCUUGGACGUCUCGCACAACAAGUUGCAGGCACUGCCUCCAAAGGUCUUUCAGAGUGGCGUGAGCAAAUUGGAGAUCCUCGACCUCGCAGAGAACGAGCUAUCAACGCUUCCGGCAUUGUUUUUUUGUUGCAAUCUCUCGAUUCGCAGCCUGAAGUUGGAAGGCAACAGGCUCCAGAGACUUCACUUGGGAGACGUCUGGGGGUUGAGUUAUUUGGAAGAAUUGAACCUGCAGCAGAAUCAGCUGGCUCAUCUUGAUGGAGCUGUGUUUGAUGAUUACGAGCAUCACAACCUCAAGCGGAGCUUGUUGAAGCUGAACCUGGGUGGCAACCAGCUCGCCACGUUACCCAAUGACCUCUUCAACGGUUUCAGGGCACUCCGAAAUCUGCAGCUGCAGAGCAAUCUGCUGGCGAGACUUCCGCAACAGCUGUUUCAGAAUUUGAGCUCCUUGAAGUUGCUGAACCUGAGUCAGAAUGCAUUGGAAGAAUUGCCUCCUAGUCUUUUCGAUGGAUUGAACUUGUCAGUGAUCGACUUGAGCCACAACAAUCUCAGAAAACUGGAUUCCCAGCUGUUCGACCUGGAAAACCUCACCAGCUUGGACGUCUCGCACAACAAGUUGCAGGCACUGCCUCCAAAGGUCUUUCAGAGUGGCGUGAGCAAAUUGGAGAUCCUCGACCUCGCAGAGAACGAGCUAUCAACGCUUCCGGCAUUGUUUUUUUGUUGCAAUCUCUCGAUUCGCAGCCUGAAGUUGGAAGGCAACAGGCUCCAGAGACUUCACUUGGGAGACGUCUGGGGGUUGAGUUAUUUGGAAGAAUUGAACCUGCAGCAGAAUCAGCUGGCUCAUCUUGAUGGAGCUGUGUUUGAUGAUUACGAGCAUCACAACCUCAAGCGGAGCUUGUUGAAGCUGAACCUGGGUGGCAACCAGCUCGCCACGUUACCCAAUGACCUCUUCAACGGUUUCAGGGCACUCCGAAAUCUGCAGCUGCAGAGCAAUCUGCUGGCGAGACUUCCGCAACAGCUGUUUCAGACUCUCGGCGAAGUUCAUUGGGCGAAUUUGAGCUCCUUGAAGUUGCUGAACCUGAGUCAGAAUGCAUUGGAAGAAUUGCCUCCUAGUCUUUUCGAUGGAUUGAACUUGUCAGUGAUCGACUUGAGCCACAACAAUCUCAGAAAACUGGAUUCCCAGCUGUUCGACCUGGAAAACCUCACCAGCUUGGACGUCUCGCACAACAAGUUGCAGGCACUGCCUCCAAAGGUCUUUGACGGUUUUCGGCUUAACCAAGUGUACCUCCAAAACAAUGACCUGUCUCAACUGGAUGCAGAGACGUUUCAUGGUCUAGCCUUUGGUCAAAACAGCAUCCUAGACAUGUCGCAGAACAAGUUGCAGGACUUGCCUCCAAAGGUCUUUGACGGUUUGAAACUCAACAAACUGUACCUACCAAACAAUGACUUGUCUCAGCUGCAUGCAGACGCCUUUCAUGGUCUCUCCUUUGGCUACUACGGCAUCCUGGACAUGUCGCAGAACAAGUUGCAGUCGUUGCAUGCAGAAGCCUUUCAUGGCCUCAAAUUUGGUCAGAACGGCAUCCUGGACAUGUCGCAGAACAACUUGCAGGAUUUGCCUCCAAAGGUCUUUGACAGUCUCGAGCUCGACCGACUGUAUCUUCAGAACAACAAUCUUAUCCAACUACAUACAGGAAGCUUUCAAGGUCUCACCUUUGGUCGGUACUGUUCCAAUUGCAUCCUGGACAUUUCGCAGAACAAGUUGCAGGUGCUGCAUGCAGGAGCCUUUCAUGGUCUCAAAUUUGGUCAGAACGGCAUCCUGGAUAUGUCGCAGAACAAGUUGCAGGAAUUGCCUGUAAAGGUCUUUGACAGUCUCGAGCUCGACCGACUGUAUCUUCAGAACAACAAUCUUAUCCAACUACAUACAGGAAGCUUUCAAGGUCUCACCUUUGGUCGGUACUGUUCCAAUUGCAUCCUCGACAUUUCGCAGAACAAGUUGCAGGUGCUGCAUGCAGGAGCCUUUCAUGGUCUCACCUUUGCAUUCAAGAGCAUCCUGGACAUGUCGCAGAACAAGUUGCAGUCGUUGCAUGCAGAAGCCUUUCAUGGCCUCAAAUUUGGUCAGAACGGCAUCCUGGAUAUGUCGCAGAACAAGUUGCAGGAAUUGCCUGUAAAGGUCUUUGACAGUCUCGAGCUCGACCGACUGUACCUUCAGAACAACAAUCUUAUCCAACUACAUACAGGAACCUUUCAAGGUCUCACCUUUGGUAAGAACGGCAUCCUGGACAUGUCGCAGAACAAGUUGCAGGUGUUGCAUGCAGAAACCUUUCAAGGUCUCUCCUUUGCUAACAAGGGCAUCCUGGACAUGUCGCAGAACAAGUUGCAGGAUUUGCCUCCAAAAGUCUUUGGCGGUCUUGAGCUCAACCGACUAUACCUACAAAACAACAAUCUUGUCCAACUACAUGCAGGAACCUUUCAAGGUCUCACCUUUGGUAAGAACGGCAUCCUGAACAUGUCGCAGAACAAGUUGCAGGUGUUGCAUGCAGAAACCUUUCAAGGUCUCUCCUUUGCUAACAAGGGCAUCCUGGACAUGUCGCAGAACAAGCUGUCCACGCUUCCGGAGAAGGUUUUUGAUGGUCUUUGGUAUCUUCGCAGCCUGGACCUGGCGGAGAACGAGUUGGUGACGCUUUCGUCAGAUGUCUUUCACAGUCUCCCGGAUCUUGGCAGCCUGAGGCUGGAACGCAACCGGCUCCGGAGCCUUGGCGACAGACCCUUCUACCAAUUGUACCACCUAGAAGAGCUGCACCUGGCACAGAAUCUGCUGGAAGAUCUGGAUGAUCAUGUCUUUGAUUCUCUCUCGGUCAGCGUUUGUGAUUCCGCUGGUUGUGUUCAUCAUUCCCUCAAGCGAAGAUUGUUGGAGCUGCACCUGGCUGGCAACCGGCUCACUGCUUUGCACGAUGGCCUCUUCAAGGGUUUCAGGUCCCUUCGAACACUGCAGCUGCAGAGCAAUCAGCUGGCGAAUUUGAGCUCGUUGAAGUUGCUGAACUUGAGUCGAAAUGCACUCGAAGAACUGCCUCCCAGUCUUUUUGACGGACUGAACUUGAAGGUGAUCGACUUGAGUCACAACAAGCUGAGAACGCUGAAUGCUACGCAGUUCGACCUGGAGAGCCUCACUACUUUGGACCUGCGUGGAAACCGCCUGACUGACGCCACCCUGCAGGACCUGGCACGCCUCAAGGCGGUGUUGAAGCUGCUAAUUCACAGGUUUUCUCGCUGCAAGACUCGGAGCAAAGGCUCGUGGCAAAAGUUGCGCGUCAGCUGUGAAGGUAGACACUCUCUGCGCAUGGUGCAUGCGCUGCACGCAGCAUACCAUGAUUGGUUGGAUGAGCCUUGGCAUGGCAAUGUGCUGCUGUCCUGUGGUCCACACAAGUUGAAACCCAAACAGCAGCUGCAGGAAUUCAAUGCCGAUUUUGUGUUCGCGAACUAUUCGUUGGUCUUUGUAGAAGACGUUGCCUCCAGCUGGUGCGAAGCACACCACUUGGGAUACGGGCAGCCUUUGUCUUUUGAGGCCUUCAAUUUAUAUCAUGCAAACUUCUGGGUCAUUGGACCCGCCACGGCUGGUCAUGGAAGAGGUGGCUGCAGCUACGUCGAGUUGGUGGCCACCUCGGCCCAGAUGCAACGCCCCUUGUGGCAACUCGGCUCCGGGUUUGUGUCCCACGCUUGGCUGGAGCCGGUGUGCAAGUUCGUGGCGUGCCUGAAGCGGCACGCUUCUUUGCGCGAGUUGCCUGAUCAGACAGCCUACUGGGUGUGCGCCUACGCCAACAACCAGCAUCAGCUGGAGAAUGAGAUUUGCAACAACCCACGGAAGACGUCCUUCUAUCGUGCCAUCAAGUUGUGCGCUGGGGUCUUGCUGGUCUUGGACCAGAACGCCACGCCCUUCACUCGGACCUUUGCCUGGAAGUCGGCGUCCAAAGAGUGGCAGUGGGGGCAAGGGAUUUGGUGUUGCUUUGAAGAGUCCAUUGCGGUGGAAGAGCGCAACAAGGGGAACCCUUUGCUGCUGGAUGUGGCGGCCACGGAGAACGGCCGCGCACACGUCAUCACCGAUGGCCUGGUGGGCGCCGAGCAGCAGAUGAUGCCGCUCUUAGGAUUUCUCGCCAAGAGUCGACGAGAGGCGGAAUUUCCCACCGAGAUCUUAAUGAAAGGCUUGAAUGUCGACAUUGCCAGUGCUACGGCAAGCAAAGCCUCUGACAAGACAACCAUCUUAAAUAGCAUUCGAUUGCCGCGAGCAGGGACCCAAGUUCUUCAAGAAGAAGCCCAAGCCACGCAUGAAAGCUAUGAUGCGGUGGGCCGUGCACUGGCUGGGCACUUUGCUUUAGCCAAUUGGUUUUCCUCCGUUGCGAACGGCUUGGACACUUCUAGGCUCUUGACAGCUCUACAAAAUGAUGAUUUGCGACGUGCGGUGCAGCUCUCAUUGACAGGCAAGUUUGAUGGCAUGCAGCUGAGCACUUUCCUGGACCACUUGCCACCUCAACUGCAGAUCCUCCGUUUAGACCUGGGCUUCACGGCCGUGGAAAGUGUGCAGUUGGACGCACCGUUGUCGGAACUGCAGGAGCUCUCCCUGCGCUUCACCAAGACAUCUCUGCGCCAGGUCAAUCUUCAGCGGAAUAUGAUGCCCAAGCUGAGAUCCUUGCAACUUUGGUUGUCCCAUUUGCCAGAGCUCGAGGAGCUGCAGCUGGACUUGGAACUCACUCAAGGUCCUCGAGCUUUGCAAGAGCUGGUUCUGCACGUACACAGCUGUCCCAAGUUGCCCAAAACUGCCAAGAAGGCAUUUUCUGCAGUUAUGAGAAUCUGCCACUGGCUGGAGUUGAUACUCCUUCUGACAAUCCAAGCUGCGGCAGAAAUUCAAAGCAGAGUUUUGCUCCUGCUGAUUUUGCUUUCCUUACUUCCAGCAACUUGUAUUUUCCUGGAGGAGAGCACUGGGAUAUCAAUCGCUUCAAUUUGCGUCACUUUCCUUGUGGUAGCAGUCGGCAGUUGCUUCUACACAGCCACACGCUUGGAUAGUAUGCAGCAAAGGGUAUUCAAGUUGGCACUUGCAACUGAAGCAAACUACUUUCAGGUGCUACACCCCACAGCAGACACGAGCGAACAUUUGAUUCAAGUGUCCACCAUGUUGACAAACCAUUCAGGUGGUUUAUCUCAGGAGUUGGCGCAGCCUGAACAAGACUUAAAGAGCAGAUAUAUCGAAGCGCUAUGCCAAUUGAUUCAUUUUCAAAGGGCUGUUUGUGACCCGCUGACCAGCAUGGGAUUGGAAGUUGUGGCGAACAUCAAGUCAGUUACAGAGUUGGAUGAACGGGAAGGAACCGCUGACAAUAUUUUGUACUUCGAAGUCAUGAGCGAUGGAUUGCAGCAAGUUCAGGAUGCGUGGGAAAUGCUUCAGACCCUGGAUGUAGAGAUUGUCUCUGCACACGAUUUCUUUGCUGUGGCAUCUUCCAGAAAGUGCUGCCGAAUUGUGGUGUCUCUGCGGGGUUACUUGGCAAUGAUCUUUUUGUUGGAGAAAUCUCUGAGCUUCUUGGAAUCUCAGAGAGGCCUCAGUGAUGCAGCAAAUUCCCUUGGACUGCUUGACAAAACCACGGCAGCAAGCUGGGAAGCCUCUGGACGUCAAGGUGCGUCUGAGUUCCCCAGGUCUGUUUUUGCGGCUACGGCCCUCCUACGGCUACUGGCACUUUACUCGUCUUUCAUCAUCGCCAUUUUCAUACACAAGCUGGGAUCUGGAAAAUACGACCCAAAUGAGCAAGGUCCUUUCUCUCCAAGGUUGUCCGCCAUGGCCUUGCCCUUUUGGGUAUGUGGUGCGGUUCUCUUGUGGGAAUUUCUGCGCAGCUGUUGUGAUACCUUUGCUGAUGGAAGCACUAGAGCUUUAAAGAUCCGGCCGCGGCCGACGCAGGUGUGGUACAGGAAAUACUUGGGUGUACAGGGACGAUACUAUGCCUUCAAGGUUGCAGCCUUACAGCUCAUCACUGUUGUGAUCCAAGGACUUGCGAAAGCAAGUCUGUUUGGUGCCAUUCGGGAUCAACGUAGUUCUGAAGCCUUGAAUUCCGCAUCUGUCCACUGCUUCAUGGGACUUCUGCUGUGCAACUGCAUAUUUCCUGCCUUGGUUUUGGCCUUUCCCAACUGCGUUUCUUCACGUGUUGGAGCAGCUGUAAUGGACGCUUUUUUGGAUUUCGGCUACUUGAUCACCUCUUUGUGGGUCUACAUCGACUUCGCGUCACCAGAGCAUUUUGCACCCAUCUUCCUGGAAACAUUCUUGAAUUAUGCAUCAAUUUACAUCUGUAUCGCACACAUUUUGUGUGUCUGCCGUUCCUUGGAAACGGCUGAUUGGGCCUCACUUUUUCAAGUGCAACAUGCUGAGCCAAUGUGGGGUCCCGUGAGAAGGAGGCUUUUCUCUUCUGCGUAUGCGUGUGCUCUGGUGAUUUUUGUCGGUGUCAUGCUGGGAGACAUUGUCUACUUGCAUGAGGCUGGACCCUGCUCACCUUGCAGUUGUUCCGCUACUGCGCCAGGAUCCCUUCUGCUGGAGCGUUGUCCGUUUCGCAGCGGCUAUUUUGCGUAUAGGGCCCCACCCUUGGCGUUGGAUUUGGCCAAGCGCAACAUUACCGAAAUCCUCCCAGAUGCAUUUCUUGCAGCAGGUAGAGUGCGCUCAAGGGUAACAUCCCUGUCGUUGCGAGGAAACCACCUGACAGAACUGCCAGAGGGCCUCUUUGUGGAUCUUCUGGACCAGGACUUCAUCAACAUCACUUCCCUGGACCUUGGUUACAACAGGCUGAUGGCACUUUCAGCAGGUGUCUUUCAAACGCGUUCCGCCCGAAAGGUACGUAUGGACAGCUUGCAUUUGGAAAGCAACCACUUUACAACCCUUCCAGCUGGAGUCUUUAAAGGUGUGGAAGUGGACCAAGUGUACCUACGAAACAACAAUCUGACCCAGCUACACGCAGAGGCCUUUCAUGGUCUCACAUUUGGCCAGAACAGAACCCUGGACAUCUCGCAGAACAACUUGCGGCAAUUGCCUCCAAAGGUCUUUGACGGUCUUGAGCUUGACCGACUGUACCUACAAAACAAUAACUUGUCUCAGCUGCAUGCAGAGACCUUUCAAGGUCUCACCUUUGGUCAGAAUGGCAUCCUGGACAUGUCGCGGAACAAGUUGCAGACAUUACAUGCAGAUACCUUUCAAAAUCUCACUUUUGGUCAGAAUGGCAUCCUGGACAUGUCGCAGAACACCUUGCAGGUGUUGCAUGCAGAAGCCUUCCAUGGGCUCACUUUUGGUGGGAACGGCAUGCUGGACAUGUCGCACAACCAAUUGCGGGCUUCGAUUGCAGAGACCUUUCGUGGUCUCGCCUUUAGUGAGAACGGCAUCCUGGACAUGUCAGAGAACCAAUUGCAGGACUUGCCUCCAAAGCUCUUUGACGGUUUAUGGCUCAAGGGACUGUACCUACAAAAAAAUGACUUGUCUCAGCUGCAUGCACAGACCCUUCAUGGUCUCACCUUUGGUCAGAAUGGCAUCCUGGACAUGUCGCAGAAUCAAUUGCAGGAAUUCAGUGCAGACACCUUUCAUGGUCUCAUUUUUGGUGAGAAAUUCAUCCUGAACAUGUCGCAGAACACAUUGCAGGUGUUACAUGCAGAUACCUUUCGAGGUCUCACUUUUGGUCAGAAUGGCAUCCUGGACAUGUCGCGGAACAAGUUGCAGACACUACAUUCAGAUACCUUUCAAGGUCUCGCUUUUGGUCAGAAUGGCAUCCUGACCAUGUCGCAGAAUCAAUUGCAGGAAUUGAGUGCAGACACCUUUCAUGGCAUCUUGGACAUGUCGCAGAACACAUUGCAGGUGUUGCAUGCAGAUACCUUUCAAGGUCUCGCUUUUGGUCAGAAUGGCAUCCUGACCAUGUCGCAGAAUCAAUUGCAGGAAUUGAGUGCAGACACCUUUCAUGGUCUCAUUUUUGGUGAGAAAUUCAUCCUGAACAUGUCGCAGAACACAUUGCAGGUGUUACAUGCAGAUACCUUUCAAGGUCUCACUUUUGGUCAGAAUGGCAUCCUGGACAUGUCGCAGAACACCUUGCAGGACUUGCCCCCAAAGCUCUUUGACGGUUUAUGGCUCAAGGGACUGUACCUACAAAAAAAUGACUUGUCUCAGCUGCAUUCAGACACCUUUCGUGGUCUCACCCUUUCCAGUGGCAUACUGGACAUCUCGGACAACACGUUGCAGGACUUGCCUCCAAAGCUCUUUGACGGUUUAUGGCUCAAGGGACUGUACCUACAAAACAAUGACUUGUCCCAGCUGCAUGCAGAGACCUUUCGUGGUCUCACCCUUUACAAUGGCAUUCUGGACAUUUCGCAGAACAGGUUGCAGGACUUGCCUCCAAAGCUCUUUGACGGGUUCAAGCUCAACCAACUGCACCUACAUAGCAAUGUAUUGUCUCAGCUGCAUGCAGAGACCUUUCAUGGUCUUACCUUUGCUGACAAAGGCAUCCUGGACAUGUCAAAGAACCAAUUGCAGGACUUGCCUCCAAAGCUCUUUGACGGUUUGAAGCUCAACCAACUGUCCCUACGAAGCAAUGACUUGUCUCAGCUGCAUGCAGAGACCUUUCGUGGUCUCACCCUUCGUUACAAUGGCAUCCUGGACAUGUCAAAGAACCAAUUGCAGGACUUGCCUCCAAAGCUCUUUGACGGUUUCAAGCUCAACCAACUGCACCUACAAAACAAUCUGCAUGCAGAGACCUUUCGUGGUCUCACCCUUCGUUACAAUGGCAUCCUGGACAUGUCAGAGAACCAAUUGCAGGACUUGCCUCCAAAGCUCUUUGACGGUUUCAAGCUCAACCAACUGCACCUACAAAACAAUGACUUGUCUCAGCUGCAUGCAGAGACCUUUCGUGGUCUCACCCUUUACAAUGGCAUACUGGACAUUUCGCAGAACAGGUUGCAGGACUUGCCUCCAAAGCUCUUUGACGGUUUCAAGCUCAACCAACUGCACCUACAAAACAAUGCCUUGUCUCAGCUGCAUGCAGAGACCUUUCAUGGUCUCACCUUUAAUUAUGGGUGGUCGAAUUGCACCCUGGACAUCUCGCAAAACAAGCUGCAGGACUUGCCUCCGAAGGUCUUUAACGGCACGGGUCAUUUGGAGAUCCUGGACCUGGCAGACAACGAGCUGUCGACGGUUUCGGACGAUGCCUUUCGCGGUCUCUCGUCUCUUCGCAGCCUGAGGCUGGAAGGCAACAGGCUCCGGAGUCUUGGCACCAGACCCUUCUACUGGUUGUACAGCUUGAUCGAGCUGAACCUGGAGCAGAACCAGCUGACAGAUCUGGAUGAAGAUGUCUUUAUUUCGAGAUAUGAGGUUGAAUAUGAUUCGUAUUAUUCAAAGCAUUAUACCCUCAAGCGGAGUUUGAUGAAGCUGAACCUGGGUGGCAACCGGCUCACAACGUUGCCCGGUGGCCUCUUCAACGGUUUCACAAAUCUUCGAAAGCUGCAGCUGCAGAGCAAUCAGCUGGAGAGACUUCCGCCAAAGCUGUUUCAGAGUUUGACAUUGGAGUUUCUGAACUUGAGUCGAAAUGCGCUCGAAGAACUGCCUCCUGGUGUUUUCGAUGGACGGAUUUGGUUGAGCGUGAUCGACCUGAGUCACAACAAGCUGAGAACGCUGAAUGCCACGCUGUUCGACCUGGAGAGCCUCACCACCUUGGACCUACGUGGAAACCGCCUGACCGAUGCCACGCGGGAGGACCUGGCACGCCUCAAGGUGGAGCUCCAUGUGGAUUGA